UUCCUCUCUACCAAACAAAACCAAAACUUCGGCAAGUCUCAGGCUCUAAUUCUCUAUCCUCAACUCAAUUCCCAGGGUUUGCACACUCUCUCUCUCACCUCAAUCAUGGCUUCUCCUAUAGAAGAAGGUGAGAGAGAUUUAGAGAAAGGAUUGAUCACUGCAACAUCGAAUCAAAACCCUCUCGCCGAACAAUCUCCUUCACCAUCACCAUCCUCGGCCACCGCACCUGCUCUGGUUCUGUCAAACUCUGGUAAGCGAAUUGAUCAAGCAGGCAAAAAGAAGUAUGUAAAACAGGUGACGGGUCGGCACAACGACACAGAGCUGCAUUUAGCAGCUCAGAGAGACGAUCUUGCGGCGGUGAAGCAGAUUUUGAAAGCUAUUGAUUCCCAAAUGGAGGGGACAUUGAGUGGAGCUGAAUUUGAUCAAGAGGUUGCAGAGAUUCGGGCUUCAGUGGUGAAUGAGGUGAAUGAAUUGGGAGAGACUGCGCUGUAUACUGCAGCUGAAAAAGGGCAUCUUGAAGUUGUGAAGGAGUUUUUGACGUAUACAAAUAAUGAAACACUUUCAAAGAAGAACCGGUCAGGGUUUGAUCCGUUGCAUAUUGCUGCAAGUCAGGGACACCACGCCAUUGUUCAAGUGCUAUUAGACCAUGACCCGGGGCUAAGCAAAACAAUCGGCCCAUCAAAUGCAACCCCUCUUAUAACUGCUGCUACAAGAGGACAUACAGCUGUGGUUCAUGAACUGUUGUCAAAAGAUUGUAGCUUGUUAGAAAUUUCUCGAUCCAAUGGUAAAAACGCAUUGCAUCUGGCUGCCCGACAGGGGCACGUGGACAUUGUUAAGGCUUUGCUGGACAAAGAUCCACAACUGGCUAGAAGGAAGGACAAGAAAUGGCAGACUGCUUUGCAUAUGGCUGUAAAGGGGGUUAGUUGUGAGGUGGUCAAAUUGCUUCUUGACGCUGAUGCAGCCAUUGUGAUGCUGCCAGACAAGUUUGGUAACACAGCGUUGCAUGUAGCUACCAGAAAGAAGAGACCAGAGAUAGUGAACGAGUUAUUAUGCCUACCUGACACCAAUGUGAAUGCACUGACCAGAGAUCACAAAACAGCUCUUGACAUAGCUGAAGAGCUUCCCCCUUCUGAAGAAUCCUCAGAUAUAAAGGGCUGCCUUUAUCGCAAAGGUGCUGUCAGAGCCAACGAACUCAACCAACCAAGAGACGAAUUGAGGAAAACAGUGACUCAAAUCAAGAAAGAUGUCCACACCCAACUGGAACAAACCAAGAGGACAAACAAAAAUGUUCAUGGAAUUGCUAAAGAGCUUAGGAAACUCCACCGAGAAGGGAUCAACAAUGCCACCAAUUCAGUGACAGUAGUGGCUGUGCUUUUUGCCACAGUUGCCUUUGCAGCUAUUUUUACUGUGCCCGGUGGGGAUGCAGAUAAUGGGACAGCUGUGGUUGCGGGCAGUGCUUCUUUCAAAAUCUUUUUCAUCUUUAAUGCCAUUGCACUUUUUACGUCCUUGGCUGUUGUUGUUGUUCAGAUUACGUUGGUGAGGGGUGAGACAAAGGCAGAAAGGCGGGUGGUGGAGGUGAUCAACAAGUUGAUGUGGUUGGCUUCAGUGUGCACUUCAGUGGCAUUUAUAGCAUCUUCCUAUAUAGUAGUUGGCCGCACGAACCGGUGGGCUGCAAUUUUGGUUACAGUUGUUGGGGGAGUGAUAAUGGCUGGGGUUCUUGGCACCAUGACUUACUACGUGGUAAAGUCGAAGAGGACCCGAUCAAUGAGAAAGAAGGAGAAGAGUGCUAGAAGUGGGUCCAACUCCUGGUAUCAAUCUGAGUUUUCCAACUCCGAUAUUGACCGGAUAUAUGCCAUCUAAUGUGAGAAGUUUUAACCUAGGGGUAAGAGGUGUGCUGAAAUUGAACAACUGGGUGGAACAGGUGUAGAAAGUUGUUUUGGUGAAGUUACUAGAAGACUUCUCAAGUCCCCAAUAAAUAAUAAUGCUUCGAUUGUAGUUUUUGGCACAUCUUGGCCUUCUGUCUUAUUACCUGUUGUUGGGAGGGUGUUGGGCUUUUGAAGUGCGUAUUUUAUGCUGCCCUAACUCUGUUUAAGCGAAGAGAAUGCAGAUAAAGAGUGAUUUGUUGCUCGACAUUUUCUGGUGGUAUCAAAAAUUCCCUAGAUCAGAAUGGUACCUUAUAGGCAUUUGGUGAGAUGUAAAAGAAAUGGAUCAAGUUAUGAAUUACGUGGGAGGUGCCGGAAGGUAGUGAAUAGUGAUAUGUGAUUUAGAGUUCUCCUGUGAAGAUGUUCUAUAAAUUGAUCUUCAAGCCAAAUACUGAAGAAAUCUGAUGGAACAUGUACAUGAAAUUGCAUCAAGAUUCACUUCUUGUACUCAUCAAGCUCAGCAAUAAGAAUCUGGGCCGCUUGGAAUUUGAUUGGUGGACAUUCCAUGUUUCGAAGGUGUCUAUACUGAUCAAAUGCUUUCAGGGUCUUCUUAUGUAAUAUGCAUAGCUAAUUCAGGGGCCAGACUGGUUUCUUUCUGCCUCCUUACUGUUUGACUUCAUUCACUGAUAAAUGCUUAAUUCCCCUCUCCCUUCCCCCUCUUUUUUUUUUGGGUUAUUUGUGGCAAUUUCGAAUUGUUCAUUGCAUCUAGGAUUGAUAAUUGAGCCGAGCUACUCGAAUUCGGCUCGGAUAGGACUCGACUCAAGUUUGGUUUGUGUUCUAAACAAGUCAAACUUAAACAAUUUUUUAGACUCGUAUAAAAAAGGAGCCUAAAGUUUCAGCUCGAGCUUGGAAAGUUUGGUUUGUUUAUAUGUAAAAUAGGUGAGCCACUUGAGCUCGGCUUGGACUCGGAAUCUCGGCUUGAUUAUCA